UCCUAGUCGGAUUCGUUAACCACUGAGCCACAAUGGGAACUCCAUCAAAGUCCCAGUUUUAUAAGUGAAGCAACCGAGGCAUAAGAUCUCAAGUCACAAAAGUGAGCUGGUAUUCACAGCCGGCAAUGUGUCUGUCCUCUCACAGCACCCUGUGAGUUUCCCAGUCUUUUACGACUUUCCAUUUUUUAUUUAAAUGAUCUGUUGAUUUAUCCAUCUCUCACAUUAACACUCCAAGUUGGGAGAAGCUGGUCAGGUCGCAGUCAUCCUGUAUCCCUACUGCAUAAGUCAAUACCUGGCACCGAAUAUUUUAUUUAAAUGAACUGACCUGACUUUCUUCCUGGCUUUAUGGAGGCCCUGUCCCUGAACUCGGGCCUCUUAUCUCAGAAUUUGAAGGUUCCCCCACCCCACACCCCAGAGCCAGCUGCAACGUUCCCAGAGCAUGAAUAACACCGCAGUCAAUUAACCACAGAGUAGAUUUCCCUGGAUAGGCAUCUGCAAACACCAGGUCCAGGGCUUGGAGCAGGAGCAGGAGAAGGAGAAAGACAAUGGAAGCCAUGGGGUCCAGCCGCCUGCUUCUAUUCUUUCUCUUCACAUGCAAGCUAUCCCCAGAAGUUGCUGCAGAAGUUCAGGAAUCCUCAGGUAAAAGAAAAAAGCAUUUGAGUGACCCAGAGGGUAAAAGGGUUGUUAGCAGUCAGGAAGGGAACAUGGUAGUACGGUGGGUAGUUUUCCUCUAAACCAGGGAAACUUUCCAGGAAAUGCUGGGUAAAACUCUUGCCUGAGUGAAAGAGGGAAGUCUGACAUUAUCCUUCAGAAAUAGGCUAUUACGUGAGGUCCUUACUCCACAAGUUAGAAAAAUAAAGCCUUGGAAUGAUAACUGCAUCCAUAAAUCUCUUCGGCCUUAAUCUAAAGAGAAAAAUAGAGAUGUCUCAUUGUUUAGAGCUGCUGCUUCUCUACUCAGUGACCCCAAACUUCCUGCCUUUCUCUCACUCUCCAUCUCCCCCACCAACCCUCCUCUAUUUCUGUCUAGAUGGCCCCUGGACCCAGAAACUGGCAUCGCUCAGAGACGUCGCAGCUGCCGUGGAAUUCAUCGCUGCUGCUGAGGUGGCUGUCAUAGGCUUCUUCCAGGAUUUAGAAGUACCAGCGGUGCAUAUGUUCCGUAGCGUGGUGCCAAAUUUCCAAGACGUGUCCUUUGGAAUCAGCACUGCUGCUGAGGUUCUGGCCCACUACAAUGUCACCGGGAGCACCAUUUCCCUCUUUCGGCUGGUGGAUGACAAACAACUGGAUUUAAAGAGUGAAGACAUUGAAAGGAUGGAUGCCACCAAAUUAAGCUAUUUCAUUGAGCGCAACAACCUCCACUUGGUGACAGAAUACAACCCUGUGACUUCGGUUGGCCUUUUACACAGUAUUGUUCCAAUUCAUCUUCUACUGAUAAUGCACAAGACCUCCCCAGAGUUUGAAGAAAGCAUGCACAGAUACCAGAAGGCAGCUAAGCUCUUCCAGGGGAAGAUUCUUUUCAUCCUGGUGGACAGUGGUCAGAAAGAAAAUGGGAAGGUGAUCUCAUUUUUCAAACUAAAGAAGUCUCAAUUGCCUGCCUUGGCAAUUUACCAGACCCUGGAUGAUGAGUGGGAUACGCUGCCCAUAAGGGAAGUCUCAGUAGAGCAUGUGCAAAACUUCUGUGAUGGAUUCCUAAAAGGAAAGGGGUCGAGAGAAAACCAUGAAUCAGAAGAAACGACUUCAAAGGUGGAACUCUGAUUUCUCCCUGAUUCUUCUAUGUGCUACCAAGUAACUACUUCAUGCCAAAUAAAAAGGGGUAACUCAAACCUCAGAGACACUAAGCAACAGGGUCACCAGGCUCACAUAUACACACACAGAGAUACACACACACACACACACACCACACACACACACACACACACGCAAAUGCACAGACAAUAUACACACAGCUCUAGAUCAUUCCUUAAAAUCUUAUUUACUCUUCUUGUCUUUUGUUUUAAAGACACUACCUCUCUCACUACCCAUCCCAUUUUUUCUUAUGUGUCCAUACUGAUUUGGCCCAUACACUGUCAUAAAUGCCACCAGAUGGAAGCUUUAAGAGAAAUACUGUGCUCCUGCUAUGAAGGGGCAACAUUCCUAGAGGGAGAUGGUUCUAUGUGUCCUUUAAUACUGAAUUCAUAUAUGGCAUGUGACUCACACUCAGCCUCUUAUAGAGUCGCCUAAGGGUAGAAACUCUGCCUUCCUCCUAUGCCUGUGUCCCUCUCUGAUUCAGGGCCAAGGACAAAAAGAUGGCUUUUUACACCUCUCUGGAAAUGUCUUUUUUCCAGAAGUCAAAUGAUGUUUCCAAGCCUCUGAACUCGGCAGAAACAGGCCAUGUCAAAACUCUGUGCUUGUUUAGUGUUCCUAACUCCCCAUAUAAAUCAACAACCGCAUGAUAAAUAAAAGGUAAUCAUGUUAUAGGAAAAGACUGGCCUCUCUU